CAGCUCAGCCGUGAUUAAUCUCCGAUUAGGUUGUUUUCGAUUGAUUCUCUUCGUCUCUGCAGCAAGCGACCCAUAAAAAAAAAACCCUAAUUUUAUCAAUUCGAAUUCUUAAUUUCAGAUGGGUGAACAUUCACCUUCUCAACCAUCUUCACAUACUCAUCUCCCUGACCAACCACAAUCACCCAAUCCCGAAAACCCUAAUCCAAUCCCACCGGAAACCAACGAUGACGACUCCGUUUCGUCCGUCGGAGUUUCUGGCUCAAUUGUGUCAUCAACCACCAUUGAAGCACCACGGGUCACUGAAUUAGGUAAUGUAUCGUCUCCACCUUCCAAAAUCCCACUCCGUCCUCGAAAAAUCCGGAAGCUUUCACCCGAAGACGAGGCUUCCGGUAACAGCGACGGGUUCAAGCCUGAGCAUAAUAGCCUCUCUCAGAUGAUGACGCCGACGGCUACAAAUCCAGCCGUGAAGAGUAAAUUAUCACAGUCACGGGCUGUAACCGUGCCGAGAAUCCACGCGAGGUCUCUCACCUGUGAAGGCGAGCUUGAAGCAGCGCUUCACCAUCUCCGAAGUGUUGAUCCUCUGCUCGCGUCGUUAAUUGAUAUCCAUCCGCCACCAACGUUCGAGACUUUUCAUACUCCGUUCUUGGCUCUCAUUAGAAGCAUCCUUUACCAGCAGUUAGCAGCUAAAGCAGGGAAUUCUAUCUACACACGCUUCCUUGAAAUAUGCGGAGGUGAAAAUGGCGUCGUCCCAGAGACUGUCUUGCCUUUAACACCUCAACGGCUUCGUCAAAUAGGUGUUUCUGGGCGUAAAGCUAGUUACCUUCAUGAUCUUGCUAGGAAAUAUCAAAAUGGGAUCUUGUCGGAUUCUGGAAUAGUUAACAUGGAUGAGAAAUCUUUGUUCACGAUGCUAACGAUGGUGAAUGGGAUCGGGUCAUGGUCGGUUCAUAUGUUUAUGAUAAACUCUCUUCAUAGACCCGAUGUCUUGCCAGUUAAUGACCUUGGUGUUAGGAAAGGUGUGCAGAUGCUUAAUGACUUGCCGUAUUUGCCUCGUCCAUCUCAAAUGGAGCAGCUUUGUGAGAAAUGGCGCCCGUAUAGAUCAGUAGCGUCAUGGUACAUGUGGCGGCUUAUUGAAUCUAAAGGUACACCACCAAAUGCUGCGGCUGUGACAGCCGGAGCUGCUCUUUCGUUUCCACAGUUGGAAGAUAUUCAACAACAGCAACAACAACAACAUCAGCAACAACAGCCUCAGCUUAUGGACCCUCUUAAUAGCGUGUUCAGUAUCGGGGCAUGGGGACAAACGUAGCUGACUUGGCACAAUAAAUUUGUUGUUUUUCAUGGCGGGAUAGGGAUUCUGGUCCGGUGGUCUUUGGCUAUUGUCUGGUGAAGAAGUCUUAGUUCCGCAGCUAGGAAAUAAGAAUAUAGAAGGCCACGGAACAGAAAUCUUACUAGCUGAGUGAAGAGUAUGUAAGAUUUAGUUUACUUAAUGAACUUUUACAUCGAUUAUCUUUUGUUGGAGAAUUGAACAGUUGUCUAAAGAACCAUCUAAAGCGUCUCCUAAUUCGUAUCUAAAACAGAGCUUCAUCUAUA